AACCGCCCGGCGCACGCUCCCACUGACAACGCAAGAUGGUGAGCAUGCGCCUCUACGCCGUCGCGCUGCCCGAUAGCGGGCUCGGUGCUGACUCCGAGAUCACCGACCCGACCCUCGCCGCCGAGCUCAAGAAGAAGAGGACGUUCCGCACGUUCUCAUACCGUGGGAUCGAGCUUGACAAGCUCCUGGACCUCAGUAGCGAGGAGUUCGUAGAGGUUGUUCACGCCCGCGCCCGCCGCCGGUUCCAGCGCGGUCUCAAGCGCAAGCCCAUGGGCCUGAUCAAGAAGCUCCGCAAGGCCAAGAAGGAGGCCCCACCAAACGAGAAGCCUGCGGUCGUCAAGACGCACCUCCGUAACAUGAUUAUCGUCCCGGAGAUGAUUGGCUCUGUUGUUGGUAUCUACAACGGCAAGGUCUUCAACUCCGUUGAGAUCAAGCCAGAAAUGGUCGGCCACUACCUCGCCGAGUUCUCGUGCUCAUACAAGCCCGUCAAGCACGGUCGCCCUGGUAUUGGUGCGACUCACUCGUCCCGUUUCAUCCCCCUCAAGUAA